GAGGCCUUCGGCGUGUCCCACGACGCGCUCGCCGAGUGCCUCACGCACCGCACCAUCAGCGUCGGCGGCCAGGCGCUCAAGGCCAACCUGAACCCGGCGGACGCCGAGGACUGCCGCGACGCGCUGGCGAAGCACGCGUACGGCGCGCUGUUCCGCGCGACGGUGCAGCGCGUCAACGCGGCGCUCGCGUCCGCGUCGACGAAGAAAGGCGGCGUCGACUACAGCAUCGGCGCGCUGGACAUCUUCGGCUUCGAGAUCUUCGUGCGCAACUCCUUCGAGCAGCUCUGCAUCAACUUCUGCAACGAGAAGCUCCAGCAGCACUUCACCAAGCACACGUUCGACCAGGAGGUCGCGGUCUACAAGGCCGAGGGCGUGCCCUUCGCCGAGAUCCACUACAUCUCCAACGCCGACGUCAUCGAGCUCGUCGAGCACCGCGCGCGCGGCAUGUUCCGCAUGCUCGACGACGAGGUCCGCGCGCCGGGCGGCUCCGACAAGCAGUACGUGUCGAAGCUGCACCGCGCGCUCAAGGACCACGCGCGCCUCGGCUUCGACAAGCGCAACCCCGACGUCUUCCUGCUCAAGCACUACGCGGGCGUCGUCAAGUACGAGGUCGAGGGCUUCCUCGUGAAGAACAAGGACCGGCUCUACGACGACGUCGCCGACUGCAUGUGCGCGUCGUCCAACACGCUCGUCGCGAACCUCUUCGCGCCCGACGGCCCCGUGGGCCACAAGAAGGGCUCCAAGGUCACCUGCAGCGGCCGCUUCGUGAGCCAGCUCGGCGACCUCAUGCGCCUGCUCAACGACGCGGAGCCGCACUAUAUUAGGUGCAUCAAGCCGAACAAGGCGAAGAAGCCGGAUCUGUUCGAGGGCACGAUGUGCUACGACCAGCUGAACUUCGCGGGCGUCUUCGAGGCCGUCACGAUCCGCCAGCAGGGCUACCCCUUCCGCUGCUCCCUCGCGGACUUUUACCGCCGCUUCUGGCUCGCGGCGCCGCCA